UCACACUUAAUCAUUGUAUAAUUUCUACCAUUCGUACACUCGUACACUCGGCACACUGUUCCAUUAAUCCAUUUAUUUCUACCAUCAUUGUAUAAUUUCUUUGCUUUUGGUCUCCAAAUCAUUGAGAAAUUAUUGAUUACUUAUAUUUGUAAUGCUCAAAAGAAGUCAAACAAAACGUGUCAUGUACAUUUUUUCUUCUCAACGUGAUUGAGGAUUCGAACUUGGAACUUUUUUACUUUCCAAAUUAAUAUAGAGGGUGUUCGUACAUUCGUACACUCGGCACACUGUUCCAUUAAUCCAUUUAUUUCUACCAUCAUUGUAUAAUUUCUUUGCUUUUGGUCUCCAAAUCAUUGAGAAAUUAUUGAUUACUUAUGCCUGAAAAUCUCCCCCCAAAUCAGAAAUGAAUCUUGUAAUGAAAUCUUUUACGAUCCUCCAGCUAGCUAGCAUAGCAAUUAGGACAUAUAUUCCAUCCCCUCAGAUUAUAUGGAAUUUAAUUCCUUCACCAAAGCAUAUAUUACAUACCAUUUGUGUCAAAAUUUUCAACCUCAAAUUUGAAAACUAAAUAUAGAGAUUGGACAACUGUGGAAAUACGCGUUCUGGUAAUGUAUAUGGAAACUGUUUUCGGUUUUGGCUACUGCUGGUUACUACUAGAAAUUCUCAGACAUUCGGAAUAUACCGCUGAAAGAUGUCUUAAGUUUGUUGAACAGAAGGGUCUGCACUGCAGAGAAACAACAGCUAGCUAAAAUGGAGGGGAAGAAUAUACCACUGUAAUAUUCCGGUUGCUGGGCGACGCACCCUUCCCUUAUAAAUUCUCAUUCCCUGCUUCCCCUAGAGCAUAACCUAUUACCUACCCCUCUCUCUAGAUCUCUCGGAGUCGGAGUUGGAGUCGGAGUUUCUGUCUCUCUCUCUCUAGGUUGAGAGAGAAGAUCCAGAGAAAUAGAGUUUGCAAGAGAGAGAACAAACCAAGCAAAGCUAAAUCCAUGGCCAAGCAACAACUGCAUGUGCUCAGUGCACUUGACACUGCAAAAACACAAUGGUACCAUUUCACCGCAAUUGUAAUCGCCGGAAUGGGAUUCUUCACCGACGCGUACGAUCUCUUCUGCAUAUCCCUCGUCACCAAAUUGCUUGGCCGCAUAUAUUACCACGUUGAAGGAUCACCAAAACCAGGCACAUUGCCUCCAAAUGUGUCAGCAGCUGUCAAUGGCGUGGCGCUUGUUGGCACAUUGGCAGGGCAAGUGGUCUUCGGCUGGCUUGGUGACAAAAUGGGGAGAAAAAAAGUGUAUGGCAUGACACUUAUGCUCAUGAUCAUAUGCUCCAUUGGUUCCGCGCUCUCCUUUGGGCACACCGCAAAGUCUGUAAUGACCACACUUUGUUUCUUCCGGUUCUGGCUAGGGUUCGGCAUUGGUGGUGACUACCCUCUUUCCGCCACCAUAAUGUCUGAAUACGCAAAUAAAAAGACUCGUGGUGCCUUUGUUGCCGCGGUGUUUGCCAUGCAGGGGUUUGGAAUUCUAGCAGGAGGGUUGUUUGCAAUGCUCAUCUCUGCGAUUUUCGAGGCCAAAUUCAAGGCUCCAUCUUAUGAAGUUGAUCCAGUUGGUUCAACUGUCCCACAAGCAGACUACCUUUGGAGAAUCAUUCUAAUGGUUGGAGCACUUCCGGCAGCUCUAACCUACUACUCGCGCUCAAAGAUGCCAGAAACUGCUCGUUACACAGCACUUGUUGCAAAAGAUGUCAACCAGGCUAACGCUGAUAUGGGAAAAGUUUUGCAGGUUGACAUAGAACCUGAACCCGUCAGGUUGCCUAAGGAAACUGUGAAAUCUUUCGGUUUAUUCUCUAAGGAGUUUAGGCACCGCCAUGGACUCCACUUGCUUGGAACCACAAGCACAUGGUUCUUGCUUGACAUUGCAUUUUAUAGCCAAAAUCUGUUUCAGAAAGAUAUUUUCAGCGCCAUUGGAUGGAUUCCUAAUGCAAAAACUUUGAAUGCCGUUUCAGAGGUUUAUAGAAUUGCAAGGGCACAAACGCUUAUCGCCCUAUGCAGUACUGUACCCGGAUACUGGUUCACUGUAGCCUUCAUUGAUAAAAUCGGAAGAUUCACAAUCCAAAUGAUGGGAUUCUUCUUCAUGACAGUGUUCAUGUUUGUAUUGGCAUUUCUCUACGAUUAUUGGACACAUCACUUGAUAGGGUUUGUGGUAUUCUACUCACUGACUUUCUUCUUUGCAAAUUUCGGACCUAACGCUACUACAUUUGUGGUGCCGGCUGAAAUUUUCCCGGCUAGACUGCGGUCUACUUGCCAUGGCAUAUCUGCAGCAGCCGGAAAGUUAGGGGCAAUGGUGGGUGCAUUCGGAUUCUUGUUCUUGGCGCAACCACAGGACAAGGCUAAAGCAGAAGCAGGGUUUCCUGCUGGUAUAGGGGUCAAGAACUCACUUAUUAUGUUGGGUGUGAUCAACUUUUUGGGUUUAUUAUUUACGUUCUUUGUACCUGAAUCCAAAGGAAAAUCUUUGGAGGAACUGUCUGGCGAAAGCAACGAACACAACUAAGGAAGUAAGAGAUCGAAAGUAGCCCUAGAUCACAUAGACGAGAAGGGAGUUUCUAUUGUUCAUCACUUCAUCUACAAAUGGAGCAAUUUUUUUAGGAUAAGUUUUCAUUUUUCUCUGUUUCGGUCUUUAUAUCAUUAUGUAUUACAUUAAAGUAGAAACCGCAUAGCCUUCUCUGUAUUUUUGUUGUUGUUUGUCCCUUGUAUUAAAGUUCAUGGUUGAUCUUCGCUUA